ACAACUCGGGUUUUAGUAAAGUGUUUGAAUACCAAAUAAAAAAAUAGCUAUUGGAUUCUCUGGAUAAAUAAAAUUUAAAAAAAGAAAAAUAAGCAGAGAGAAAGAAAUAUCUGCUAUAUGUAAAUAGAAAAUAAACAUAAAUUACUCAAAAGCCGGUUAAAAUUUAUUGCGCGAGUUCAGUGAAAUUUUGAAGCAAAAAAACAAUAGCAAAACACCAUAUAAUGGCGGAAAAUAUCUCCUCUCCCAUCAAAAAAUUCUAUGCGGGUAAAAAUGUCUUCAUUACCGGUGCCACCGGCUUUGUGGGCGUUACCAUAGUUGAGAAACUAUUGCGUGACAUACCCGAAAUCGGCACUGUCUAUCUCCUAAUGAGAGCCAAGAAAGGUAAAUCUGUAGAACAACGUUUGGAUGAGCUCAAAAAGAAUUCCGUCUUCAAUAAAUUCAAAGAACAAAAACUCGAGGCACGUUUUAGCAAAAUUCAUCCCAUUGAGGGUGAUGUGGGUCUAGAACACUUGGGCAUAUCGGAGGCUGAUCGCCACAUCUUAAUAAACAAUGUACAUGUAGUGUUCCAUUCGGCGGCCACUUUGGAUUUUUUUCAAUCUUUGAAGGAAACCACCAACAUUAAUUUGAGAGGCACCCGUCGUGUGGUGGAAUUGUGUAAACAAUUAACGAAAUUGGAGGCUUUGGUGCAUGUUUCAAGUGCUUAUGUUAAUUCGUAUAUAACAGAGGUGGAGGAGAAAUUGUAUCCAGCACCCGAUGAUCCAGAGAAAAUUAUUGAUUUGGCAGAGACUUUGAAUGAUGAGGCUUUGAAGAAGUUGGAACCCAAAUUGUUGAAAGAUCAUCCCAAUACUUAUACAUUUACCAAGCAUUUGGCUGAGCAUGAGGUGGCCAAUGUGGCAGCCAGUUUUCCCUGUGGCAUUGUUAGGCCUAGUAUGAUUACGGCCGCUUGGCAACAACCCGUGCCUGGUUGGACUGUUUCCAAAAAUGGCCCUCAAGGUUUUUUCAUGGGAGCCUCUAAAGGUGUUUUAAGACGUUUGCCCUUGGAUCCCACUUUGAUUAUGGAUUAUAUACCCGUAGAUGUGGUAGUGAAUUCCAUUAUAACCACCGGUUAUUAUGUAAAUGCCUUGAAACUUAAAAAUGCCAACAAGCCAGCUGAAUUACAAAUUUUCCACUUGACCUCUAGUACCUAUAAGCCCUUCCGUUUUGAAUUGUUGAUUAAUAAAAUCAAUACAUGUUUGCACGAUUAUCCCCUGCAGUCGGCUGUGUGGUAUCCCAAACUUAAGUUGGUAAAAAGUUUGACACUGUUCCGUCUGGGAGCUAUACUAUUCCAUUUUAUACCCGGAUUCUUUUUGGAUUUAUUAACGAAAUUAACAGGAGGCAGACCCAUUCUCAUGAGGCUACACAAAAGCGUUUGGAAUUCCUUGAACACUUUGGAGAAAUUCAUUUUCACCGAAUGGCAUUAUGACAGCACCCGCACUUUGGCCUUGGCAAAAUCUAUGGAUCCGGCGGAUCAGAAAAUAUUCUUCUUGGACAUAGGCACUCUAAACUGGGAAGAAUAUUUCAAGAAUACCAUUUUGGGUGUACGUGAAUACUUGAGCAAAGAAUCUCCCAAGAAUCUAGAGGCUGCCAGAAGCAAGGACAGAAUUUUGUUGGGUCUUCAUGUGGCUUUGCAAUUGUUCUUUUACUAUGGCAUUUGGAAGUUGAUUAUUGCUGUUUUUGGUCUUACCAGUUCGAAGGCUGCUUUAGUUUUACCUCUUGUUUAUUAUUUAUUUAAUUUAAUUUAAGUUUUUUUCUUUAUACUUUUUUAAUUUAAUUGAAAUUUUUUUUAUAACAAUUCUUUCUUUUCGUUUUGUUUGUAAUAAUUACAUUUUGGUAGUUGUUUAACUGAAUUUUUAAAUAAACCUUUAACAAUAAGUGUGUGAGAGAAAUAAUGGUAAAAAAAAAGAA